AGAUUAUACCAGAUGGACGAUAAACAAAAAAGAAUAAGAAGCAUUUGCUUAAUUUUCAAGCUACGUGCUUACUGAUCCAUCUCUUAUCCAAUAAAUAAAUAACAAAAUGCUGACUCUACUUAGCUUGUUUAGAGUGUCUUACGUGUGCUCACUUCCUUCUUGUGUAAACGCAAUCUUCUGAGAAUCAAGUUUGAUGGUCAGUCAUUUUCUUUAUUCGCCAUUUGUUGGUUUUAUGGAAUUGAUUCAAGUAAGAAAUCCUAUAUGUUAAGUAACAGUUAUUUUGUAUAUAAAUCCUUCCAAAGCUUUCACCUUUGAUAUCAUGGUGGUGCAACAAAACUCAUCAUGGGACUCACUCACUCUCACUCUCACUCUCAUUGUCAAAAAAUGAGUGAGUCAAUCACUACCCAGACGGACGUUUCUUUCAUGCUUGCUAAGCAUGUCUUUUCCAAUGAGAUUAAAGAUGAUACCAACCUCGUGUUCUCUCCUCUCUCAAUUCAAAUAGUACUAGGCCUGAUUGCUGCAGGCUCAAUGGGGCCAACUAAGGACCAGCUGCUCUGUUUCCUCAAGGCCAAAUCUAUCGAUGAACUCAACUCUCUUUAUUCUCAUCUUGUCAAUAUCAUCUUUGUUGAUGGCAGCCCCAAUGGAGGUCCGCGUUUGUCUAUUGCUAAUGGCGUUUGGAUCGACCAAACAUUCCCUCUUAAGCCGUCUUUUAAAAAGGUUGUUGAUAAAGUGUACAAGGCUACUUCAAAUUGUAUUGAUUUUCAGAACAAGGCUACUGAGGUCCCCAAUCAAGUCAAUCAGUGGGCUAAAAUGAAGACAAAUGAUCUCAUCAAAGAGAUUCUUCCUCAUGGCACAGUAAACAAUAUGACAAGGCUCAUCUUUGCGAACGCUCUAUAUUUUAAAGGAGCGUGGAAUGACAAGUUCAAUGCUUCGGAUAUGAAAGACCAUAAAUUCCACCUCCUCAGAGGAGGGUCUAUUAAAGCACCUUUCAUGACCAGCAAUAAGAAGCAAUAUGCAGUAGCCUUUGAUGGCUUUAAAGUGUUGGGACUUCAUUAUAAACAAGGCAGAGAUGCGCGAUGUUUCUGUAUGUAUAUCAUUUUGCCAGAUGCCCGUGAUGGAUUACCAGCUUUAAUAGACAAAAUCAGUUCAUCACCGGGAUUUUUAAACCACCACCUUCCGUGUGUAAAGGUUAAAAUGAGCAAGUUACUUAUCCCUAAGUUCAAAACAACUUUCAGUUUUGAAGCAUCUACGGUUCUUAAGGGACUUGGUGUCACGUCGCCUUUCUGUGGUGGUGGCCUCACUGAGAUGGUGGAUUCCCCUUUAGCUGGGAGGCUGUUUAUUUCACAGAUAUUUCACCAAUCUUUCAUUGAGGUAAACGAGGAAGGAACUGAAGCUGCAGCUGUUACAGCUAGUGUAAUUGAGCCUAGGUCAAUUGAGGAGGAAAUCGACUUUGUUGCUGACCAUCCAUUCCUGUUCCUUAUAAGAGAUGAUUCUACUGGUGUCGUGUUGUUCAUAGGGAGCGUGUUGAAUCCUCUAACUAGUUAAUUUAGUGCAUUUUGCAUGAACUGUAUAAAGGUUUGUAAAGAAGGAUAGUUCUAUAAUGGAAAAAUUUAAGAGAGGUGUUAUGUAUCUAAAUAUCCAGUGUAUCUGUUUAAUGAGAGGUAUUAUGUAUCUAAAUGACCAGUUUCAUGAUGUGUGUACUAUUUUGACGAGAUCUUAAUUAGUUGUGCUUUAUUUUCGA